CGGGAGAGUGCACGCCUCUCAACCACACUGGAAUUUGGAUUUCUAAACUACUUACAUAACUGAAAUAAGGCUGGUUUAUAUAAAAUGUCAAAACAAGACGUAGAAGUUGGCAGUAGCCCACACCAUUCUCCGCACCUCAAAGUCAAGAGUAUCAGCGCACAGCUGUUGGCGGCAUGCUCCAAGUAUCUUAUCAUGCUCAACAUUGGGAUGGGUAUCAGUUACCCGACGAUUGCCAUACCGCCAAUCCUCAACUCCAGCACUGGCCUGUCCCUCAACCAGGACGAGGCGUCUUGGUUCGCCAGCCUCGUCUUCAUCUGGCAGCCCGUGGGCUCCAUAACCUCCGUGCCCAUGUCCGGCCUAGGCAGGAAGAGGUCCAUGUUCUAUCUCCAGAUUCCUCUCUUCAUAGCUUGGAUCCUUCCUUUCUUCGCCGAGACUGUCUGGGAACUUUACAUAGCGGCUUCCAUCAUGGGUCUUGGAAUCGGAUUCAUGCAGGCUCCUAUCGCUACAUACAUUGGAGAGGUUACCCUGCCACAGUACAGGGGUCUUCUGGCCUGCAUAGCCUACUGUUUUCUCACCCUCGGCUCGGUAUGUGUCUACGCUAUAGAUGUCAUUGUGGGCAACUGGAGGUACACUGCCCUCUAUUGUGCUGUAAUGCCACCGCUCACUGCGAUUCUUCUUUACAUUAUUCCGGAAUCCCCCAUUUGGUUGGUUUCACAAGGGCGCUACGCUGAAGCCAAGAAGGCCCUCUCAUGGCUCAGAGGCUGGGUGGCUGAAUCCGAAGUUGAACAAGAAUUUAAGACAAUGCUAAUCCACAAUUCUCCUAAAUUUGCUGCCCUGGUUGACAAUGAAAUACCAUCUGUGUCAGGAGGUUUCGAAAUGGAUUCAAAUGAACAAGUUAAAAAUGAAACUUACAAAGAACUUAAGGAUGAACAGUCCAAUGUCACCCAAACAGACGUUGAUACAGGACUUGAAAUUACAAAACCUAAGAAGACUGAAGAUGAGAAAGAGAAGGACACAAACUGGAGUGGAAAUAAAAAGGAAGAAGAACCAUUUAUUCGCUUCAUAGGCCGCCCUGAGAUGUACAGACCUCUUCUGUUGUCUGCUGUUUACUUAUACCUAUCGAAUGGAAUAGGAGUUGCAGCUUUUCGGCCUUAUUUAGUGUUGAUUUUCAGAGAUUUCAGAAUUGAAUUCAUUGAUGAAUACAUCGCAACUAUUGCUGUCACAACUAUUGGUCUAGUCGGAAACAUAGCAUCUGUCGUAUUGAUGCCACUUAUUGGAAAACGUCGACUAACUAUAAUAGCAAUUAUUUCAUGUGCUGUUGGAUGUUUUGGAAUUGGUAUUUAUAAAGUUAUCGAUGAUUAUCAACCCAUUCCACCUAACAUGACUUGGUUGGCUAUUGCCUUUAUGAUUGCGAUAUUUUUUGCAACUAAUCUUGCAGUUGGUCAUAUGCCUUGGGUACUGAUGUCUGAAAUAUUUCCUCUCAGAGGUAGGACAUUAGCAACUGGGGUUGUGGCAGGAUUUGGCAAUUUUGUACAGUUUUUGGGUACUAAGCUGUUUAUUACAUAUGUCGAUGAGAUGUACCUCAGUGGAACAUUUUUCAUGUAUGGCGCUACUUUCAUGGUAGGGCUUAUAUAUUUGUACUUCUUCUUAAUUGAAACUGAAGGUCGUUCACUCGAUGAUAUAGUCACAAUGUUUAGAGGAAAACAAUAACCAAAAUGUUUGUAUGCAUGUACAAAAAAGAUGUAAUUAUGUACAAAGUUGAAGCAAGGAGGUUCAAAUGCUUCUUAAACUUGUUUCAUAUGCACAUACAUAUUUAUAUAGAAACAUGUGAAAUUCAUGGACUGAGAAGAGUGCCAUUUUAUCAAAACCAUAUUAGCAUUUUAUUUUCCUUUGAAAUUAUAUUUGAAACUAUUAGCAGUAUUAUUAAUAAUUGUCAUGUUUAAAAAACAAGAUAGAUUUUAUAUGAAAAAAUUACAUUUUAGGAAUAGGUUGAAAUGAUAGUGAACUAUAUUGUUAUUUAAACAGUAUAGUCUUUGUUUUAAAAAAUAAGUAUUUUGUAAUAUGAUUUAAUUUGUGCACUAAUUAAUUACUCACAUUUUUUUAAUUUAAUCCUAAUUUCUCAUUUUAUUACAAAAUAAUUUUGUAUGUUUUGCUGAAAAUCAUACUGUUCCUACUUUGAAAAACAAAUAAAAUUAAAAAAAAUGUGAUUUCUUCUUCAUGUUAACUAUUUUUUCAAUUAAAAAAAAAUUCAAUUGUUAUAUAUAUUUAAUGAUGUUAAAAUUGUUAUUUAUUUUAGAUAGUUUUGUUUAUCUAUUUGUUAAACAGGAUUUUUUAUAAUCGUGACUAAAAGCACAAUAAAUUAUUAUUUAAAUUUUUAUUAUUAUUUAUGUCACCAAAAAAAAAGGUUAAUUAUAUAUAUUUAUUAUAUAGUACACUGAGAAGUAUUAAAAAAACAAAAUGGCGACCCUCUUCAAUCCGUUUUUUAAAACUAUAAGUUAAAAAAAUAUGUAAUUAUAAAAAAAUCAUUGUUUGAGGAUCAAACUUUGAGCCAGGGUAUUCCUUCUUCAAGCAUCUAUUAUGGCUUGAUUUUUUUUUCCCCAGCAGUAAGAUAAGAUUUUGAAUUAACCUAUAAUGCAUAUUUUCACAUUGUUUUAUCUAUACAUCCAGUAAUUAUAAAAAAAAAAAAAAUCAUCCUCAUUGUUGUUCUUGACCUAUUUUUUUUUAUUUAUUAAGAAUGGGUUGCCAUAUUUUUAAUGUCUCUUAAUGUAGAUAAUGAUUGAUAAUAAUCUUAAUGUAUUUAAUUUCAAACUUGAAUAGCUGUAUAAUAUACUUUACAUUAAGGAUCUAAGGGCUAGUGAAAUAUUUUUAUUGUAAAGAAUUCUAUUUUCGAUCAGAUCUAUCCUACAAUCAAUUAUAAACAUAAAAACUUGGGUGGUUUAAAAUUGGCAGUAUAAGUAAUUGUGCUCAUUAUAUACACCUAAUAAAAAAUCUAUACUCCUUUGCAUUUUAGUUUCAUAACUAAAUUUGCCUUUCAAAUGAAUGUCAAUCAUUUGUUGUGGGAACAAUUGUAAGCAUUUACCUAUAGAUCUCUUUAUGUUUGUCAAACUUGUUAAAAUUAUCAUUGAAUUAUUUUUGUAUAAUUAGCUUUUGUAAAUAUUAGAAAUGAUGAAGUGGCACACAAUACUACUAAAAGCAUUAGAAUCUGAUUCAUACAUAGCAGAUUGUUUCAUUUUUCUUGUUUAAUUUAGAUUAGUAUUUUUAAUAUGUUGUUUUUGAUGGCACAAUGUCUUGUUGUUAUUUUAAUUGUAUCCAGAAAACCUUCUAUAUAUCAAACUUAAAGGUUCCUUGGAAAAUUUGAUACACAAAAAAAUUGAAAAUUGUUUGUUAGCAUACAUGUAAAUGUACGUAUAAUGUCACUUCAAUUUUUUUUUUUACAAAUUAUGUAUUGUUUGUAGAUGUUAUAAAAGAAAAUUUUCACACAUUUGUAUCUAAUAUAAAGUAUGUUUGUUCAUAAAAAAUGCUUUAUACAUACAGAUUUUUCUUUCUCUUUUUUUUUUUUUUGUCUUUUACAAAUCAUAUAUUGUUUCUUAAUUUCAUAAUUACAAAAAUAAAAACAUACAUAUUUAUUUUUUAAAUAUUAAAAUAUUUUUCCAACAUGCAGGAAUUAUUAAUGUACUUCAAAAGUUUACUUUACUUUGUUUAAGAAACUUUACAAAAGUUUCUUAAACAAAAAAUCUUUGUUUAAGAAACUUUACGAUACGAAUGUUUCUUAAACAAAAAUUUGAUAUAUAUAUAUAUAUUAUCAAAAUAUGGAAUCAAAAUGGAAUUGACAUAGUUCAAUUAUAUGUUCAGUAAUAUUAAUAAUGUAAUUGCAAAUAUUUAGUUUAUUCGAAUAAUCUGCCACAGGUUUAUAACUUCAUUAUUACAACAAACUACAAUAUUAUUAUCCCUUCACUCAGUAUGUUGUUAAUUUUGUCAUUAAUUAUAACAUGAAGCUGUUAUAUUUAGACAUAAAAUAUAUCAAUAAGGACUUUUUGUAAGGCAUGUCAAACUUGUUUACCGCCAAGGCUCGGAUUUAUAGACUAUUAAAAUGUCAACUUUUCAGCAUCACUUUUUUCCUUAAGAGAUGACUUAUACUAUAUACCAUGAACAGAUACCAAACAACUUAUUUAGAACUAUACAGUACAAGUAUCAGUUUUUAAUAGUUAAAAAAAAAAUAAUCAUUAUGAUUAUGAUAUCUAUUGUAUUAUAAAAAAAAUUGGAGUUAUAUUUUACUGAGUACAAGAUAUUUCACCAAUGAUACUGAACUUCAAAUUUAAAUAAUUCCACUUACACUUUACAUAAAAAAAAUUCAAUUGGGUCAAGAAAUGUCAACAAUUGACUCUUAAAAAUUUCUAAAUCCCAAUUUUGGAUACUAUUGAGGUUUCAAUAGUAUACUCUCAUUAAAACAAAUUACCAACAUAUACAAUAUGUUUUCAUUGUAUUUUUAUUCAAAACCGAUACAAAUCAUUUUUUUUUAAAAGUCACACAUUUUCAAUGUUGAUUUAAUUUAAAAAUAAAUUACAAAAAAACGCUUUGUUGAAUAAACAGUAGUGUUGAUGUGUAGAUAAUUCAUUUCAUUCCACAUGAAAGAUUUGUAUUUUUAAAUAUUUAAUAUUUAGGUAUACUUAAAUUAAAAAAACAAUUAACAGACUACAGAAUGCUAUAUGAUUAGAAGACCAUUAAGGUAAACCUUGGCUUUAUAUGUAUUUUGACAGUGCUGCUUCAUACCAUUGUUCAUUAUUUAUUUAGUUUUAAGACGUAGUUUAAAAAAAAAGUAUUAUAUUUUUCAAUUGAUAGCUUUUCUUAAGCAUAUAUUGAGCUAAAUUACUUGUUCUAAAAUGUAUAAUUUGUAUAUUUAUUGUUAAAUUUGUUUUAUAAUGUAAAUGUAUAUAUUUAGAAACUUCAUUUAUUUUUUCUAUGAUUUUGUCUAAUAAUUUCAAAAUAAUACCUGUCUUCCUACAGAAAUGCUUCCCAUCAUCCACUAUUAUCGUUAAUGACUAAUAUGAAAUUGCAUGUGGAGUUCACCAGCUUUUUUUAAGUAGUUCUCCAAAAUACCUAUCUAAAUCAUUGCAUCCAGUUUCUAAUAAAACAUUUGUAUGGUGAUUAAAAAAUAAAUAACAAUAUUGAGUGCUUGGACAAAAACAA